AUGGGUUCCAUUGCAAGUGAUAAGCCCCAUGCUGUAUGCAUACCAUAUCCAGCACAGGGUCACAUAAACCCGAUGCUCAAAUUGGCCAAGCUUCUCCACCACCAUGGAUUCUACAUAACCUUUGUUUACACAGAGUACAACUACAAACGCCUGCUCAAGUCUCAUGGUCCCGCCGCCAUUGAGGGCCUGCCGGACUUCCGGUUUGAGACUAUUCCUGACGGCCUGCCGCCAUCUGAUGCCGACGCCACCCAAGACAUACCAUCACUAUGUGAAUCUACAUCCAAAACUUGCUUGCUGCCUUUUUGUAGCCUGCUGACGAAGCUCAAUAACGCCGCACCAGAAGUGCCUCCGGUGACAUGCAUAGUGUCUGAUGGAGUCAUGAGCUUUACUGUCAAGGCGGCUGAGCAGUUUGGACUUCCCGAAGUGCUGUUCUGGACUACCAGCGCUUGUGGUUUCCUCGGUUACACGCAGUAUCGGCCUCUUGUGGAUAGAGGCUAUACGCCUCUCAAAGAUAUGAGCCAGGUAACAAAUGGUUACUUGGAAACAGUUCUUGAUUGGGUUCCUGGAAUGAAGGAUAUUCGAUUGAGGGAUAUUCCAAGCUUCAUCAGAACAACUGAUUCAAAUGACUUAAUGCUCAAUUUUUUGACGAGUGAAGUUGAGGCUGUUUCCAAAGCCAAAGCACUCAUUUUCAAUACAUUUGAUGCUCUAGAACAGGAUGUUUUGGAUGCGCUCUCUGCCAUGUAUCCGCGCAUUUACACUGUCGGGCCUCUGCAACUGAUGAUGAAUCACAUUCACGACAAAAGAUACAAUUCGUUGAGCUCGAGUCUGUGGAAGGAAGAUUCGGAAUGUAUUAACUGGCUGAACACUAAAGAACCAAAUUCAGUUGUGUAUGUGAAUUUUGGGAGCAUAACUGUAGUAACUGCACAACAACUGACUGAAUUUGCAUGGGGAUUAGCAAAUAGUAAGAAGUCAUUUUUGUGGAUAAUUAGGCCUGAUAUUGUCGCCGGUGAUUCAGCCAUGUUACCGCCGGAAUUCGGGACAGAAACAAAAGAUAGAAGCAUGUUAAUCAGCUGGUGCCCACAAGAACAAGUUCUAAAACACCCUGCAAUUGGAGGGUUCUUGACACACAGUGGGUGGAAUUCAACUAUAGAAAGUAUAGGUGGUGGUGUGCCUGUGAUUUGCUGGCCUUUCUUUGCUGAGCAACAAACAAAUUGUAGGUACAGUUGUGUGGAAUGGGAUAUGGGAAUGGAAAUAGACAAUAAUGUGAAGCGAGAUGAGGUGGAAAAGCUCGUAAAAGAGCUUAUGGACGGCGAGAAAGGGAAGAAAAUGAAGGAGAAAGCUAUGGAGUGGAAGAGGAAAGCAGAGGAGGCGACUGUGCCUGGAGGAUCUUCCUACAUGAAUUUUGAAAAUCUGGUCAAGCUUCUACAAUAG